ACUGUAAACCCUAGAAAGAGAGAAAUCAUUUUCAGUUAUACAGGGACCUGUUUGCCGAACUCCAUUUGUCUUCGCCAGUUCCCUCUCUCUGUCUCUCUCUCACUGAGUGAAAGAAACAUGGCCCUCAAGAGAAAGCCUUCGUCUUCUUCCUCUGAAAGUUCUUCUUCCUCUUCGGAACAGGACGAUAAAUCGCAAUAUGAGCGUAAGCCCGCAGUCCGUCCCCCAGAAUCCCCUACCUCUGAAAGCGAGGAAUCUGAGGAAGGAGGAGAAGAAGAAACUGUCCGAAAAUCGGACGAAGAAGGGGACGAAGAUGAUAAUGAAGAAGAAUCAGAAUCCGAGGGUGAGAAGGUGAAGCCACCCACUAAAGGCAGGUCCUCCACCAUCCGCUCCUCCAUCAAAGACAAAGACAAAGGGAACCCUGAUAACCCACCCACGUCUCACUCAGCCAAGCCUCUGAGCUCGAAGGCCAUGGACACUCCGUUGCUCACUGAUUCCCCUAAGUCCAGGCCCACCGAGCUGAUGAACAGCCCGCCUCCUCCCUUGAAACGCUCUGAACCCGCGAAAUCUAGACAGGAUGAGAGCAAAGAUCCCAAAAAACGGAAGCUCUCCGAGGUGAAUGCUGAGGGAGGUGGGAAGCAGAUUUUUCAGAGGAUUUGGAAAGUUGGUGAGGAGAUUGAUCUUCUCAAAGGGUUCCUCGACUAUUCGAAGAAGCACCCGAAAGGCCGUCAAGACCAUGCCGCCAUCUAUGAGUUUGUUCAGAAGUGGCUCAACAGUGAGAGUAAUAAAUCUCAGUCUCAGGUUGUGGAGAAGCUCAGGAGGGUCAGGAAGAAGUUCAAGACCACUUUUGCAAGGGAGGAAGCAGGAAAAGAGGUUAAUUUCAAGACCCCAGAGGAGCAGGACGCAUACGAGCUCUCCAAGAAGAUCUGGGGGGAUGAAAAUAGUAAAGAGGAAGCUGAAUUUGAAGAGAAUGACUCCCAAAAACCUAAACCCAGUCCUGUUUCAAAUGCAAAGAGGAGACUCCUUUCUAAGGCAAAGGCGGUCAAGAAGGAGAAUGUCCAGAACCAUGUGGUGGGUGGUGAAGUACCCGAGCUGAAGGAUCCAGGUUCGACAUUGGUUAGUGAGUGGAUUCAGAGUGGGCCGAGUCCCCAUAACCCUGGGUUUGUGCCAGGGUUUGGUGGGCUAGGGUUUGUUGGGGGUGAGGGGCUUGCGAAGAGGGUAUUGGGGUCGAUGGAGAAAUCAAAGGUGCAGAUGUUGGAGGAGAAGUGGGGAAGGCAGCAGAUGUUGGAGAUGGAUGUCUACUUGAAGAGAGUGGAACUGGUGCAUGAGCAAACAAAGUUAAUGGUGGAAACCCUCAAGUCGAUGGAUACAUAGGUUUACUUAUAGAUGGAAAGGUUGGUUUAUAGUUUUUAUAAUUAAUUUGUGAUUUGUUGUUGGACUUGCUUUCUUUCCUUAUUUUUUCUUUUUGGUUUUAUGAUUUUGGUCAAACAGGGUUGGUUAAUCCUUACAUUUGGUUUAUCUCCUUCCUCUUGUUGUCAUUGUGUGUGGUGCUAUGAUAUCUUUCUGUUAUGCAUGAUUGAGGUUAGUUUAUAAUUUUUAUAAUGAAUUUGUGAUUUGUUGUUGGA